AUGCGCCGGAUCUUCCACUCGCGGUACGGGAGCAGCAGCAGCCCCGACACAGCGCAGGUGAUCACCACAAAGAUCUGGCACCAGAAGUACGGUUUUGCGCGCGAGUCGUCCACCAUUUCGAGCGCCACCACCUCGGCGACCACGUACGGCAGCCCCGAAACCAUGCUCACGUACGAAAUCGCCGGCAUGAGGUCCCCGCCGGACCCAACAAUGUCUGCCGUGAGCGGCGUGAAGUUGACCCAGUUGACACCCAGCAGCAGCCCCGACAGAAACGCAAACACAAUCAUCUCGGCGUACACGGUGACAAAGAUCCAGAACACGCCCGCGAGCAGCGCCAGCAGCAGCGAGCAGAUGAUGGUGCACCGUCAGCACGACGGCACCUUGGUCGCUGCUCAGCCCGAUCGACGUGCAGAACGACGAGUACGAGAACAGCAUGAUGGUGUACGCGAAGUUGUACACAAAGCUCCACGCGCACACGUACUGCACGGGCAGCGCUCUGAUCACGUGCCAGUCGAACAGUUUGCGGGUCUCGCGCCAGAGGCUUGUGUUUUUCGAGUUGAAGGGCCGUCGCGGCCGCACCAGAGCGAUCGACACCGCCAGCAUGGCCCCGCACACAAGCCCCAUCAUGCGCAGCGCCCAGACCUGGCUGUGCGUGCGGGAGAUGAUGGCGCUGGACGAGCGGCUGAAAAUCAGUCCCGAAAGCCCUGCUCCCGAGUACCCGAUGCCGGCGGCGACGGACCGUUUGCGCAGGAACCAGGACGGCAGAAUCACGACAGACGGGCCCGCCACAAGCACAAACCCGACGGCCAUCAGCAGGCCCUGGAACAUCAUCAGCUGCACCACGUUUUUUGCGAUCGACGCCAGCCAGAACGAAACAAACACCAGCGCGCAGCCAGUGCCCAUCACCAGCUUGAGUGGAUACCGUUUGGCCAGCACGUUUCCGAACUGGCAGAACAUAAAGCUGACUCCAAGCGAGAGACCGCCAACCAUGGCAAACUGUCUUUUUGUGGCUCCAGGAAAGACGUCGGCUUCCAGAUAGUAGUUCAGGUACACUCCGAAGGCAGAAUUCACUCCCCACGAAAACGUGUUGAUGCUGCACACACACGCGGCCGCCACCCAGCCCCAGAAGGUGCCGUCCGGCGGCGUGUCUUGGAGAUCCGCAGCGUUGUACUGUCCGUCGUACAAACUCUGUGCAAGAGCAGUCUCCGCUCGAGUAAUCUCGUUCUCGUCUCUGACGGCCUCUAUGACGCUGGAGGCGCGGCUGAGUACCCGCUGGAGCCCAGAGCGAGACCGGGACUCGUCCGGCAGCGUGAUCCCAGGCGAGACCGUGGAAUGUGCCGACAUGACUAA